GCGUGGCCCUUUACCCCUCCCUCUGUCAAGACAAGACCCAAAACCUUUGCUUCUCAGUUAACAAAAGCUUUGCUUCUCAAUUAAGUGACACUGUGUGCCUCUGUGGGUCUGUGUCUGUGUGUGUGUGAGAGAGAGAGAGAGAGAGGGAGAGGCGAUGAUUAAUAGAAGCAUAUGAAGAUACUUACAUAGGGAGGGAGGGAGAGUCGAGAGAUACCUUCAGACUUUGAACGCCGCUAGGUUUUCAGACGAGAUGUAUGCUCGACGAUGCAUGUGCUUUAAUCUUAUCUGAUCUGAUAAGGUCUGAUCAACUUUAAAUCAAUUGGUCAGAACCUGGGGGGAUGGAAUGUACUAGAGGAGCCUUAUCAUCCAUGGCACAAGUAGUCUUCAAGAUAAUAUUCACAAUUAUUAUUUUGGGGACGAUACUCGGCCUUCUCCCAGUGGAAUCCAAGUACAUAGAGUACAACACAUCGCAGGGGAUCGUCCCCGGUAAAAUCAACGUCCAUUUGGUCCCUCACUCUCACGACGACGUUGGAUGGUUGAAGACCGUCGACCAGUACUAUGUCGGUGCCAAUAAUUCGAUCCGGGGAGCGUGCGUCCAGAACGUCUUGGACUCUGUAAUUUCGGCUUUGUUAGAUGAUAAGAACCGCAGGUUCAUUUACGUUGAAAUGGCGUUCUUCCAGCGGUGGUGGAGACAACAGAGCGAGGCGCGCAAGAUUAAAGUCAGACAACUGGUGGACUCCGGUCAACUUGAAUUCAUAAAUGGGGGAUUUUGUAUGCAUGAUGAGGCAACCCCACAUUACAUUGACCUAGUCGAUCAGACAACUAUUGGGCAUCAGUUCAUCAAAGAAGAAUUUGGUCAGAAACCAAGAGUUGGUUGGCAGAUUGAUCCUUUUGGGCAUUCUGCUGUUCAAGCCUACUUGCUUGGCGCAGAGCUAGGAUUUGACUCACUCUUUUUUGCACGGAUUGAUUACCAAGACAGAGCAAAGAGGAAGAAUGAGAAGACACUUGAGGUUGUUUGGCAGGGUUCAAAGUCCCUUGGUUCAUCUUCUCAGAUAUUCACUGGCAUAUUCCCUAGGCAUUAUGAUCCUCCUGAUGGUUUCACCUUUGAAAUAAAUGAUGUGUCCCCUCCUAUUCAGGAUGAUGUUCUCCUCUUUGACUAUAAUGUUGAAGAGCGGAUUAAUGAUUUUGUAGCUGCUGCAGUGGCACAGGCUAAUGUGACCAGGACAAACCAUAUAAUGUGGCUCAUGGGGACUGAUUUCCGAUAUCAAUAUGCAAAUUCAUGGUUCAGGCAGAUGGAUAAGUUUAUUCAUUAUGUCAAUUUGGAUGGACGUGUCAACGCUUUAUAUUCAACCCCAUCCAUUUACACUAACUCAAAACAUGCAAUGAAUGAAUCAUGGCCUCUUAAAACUGGUGAUUUUUUUCCAUAUGCAGAUCGGGAAAAUGCUUACUGGACAGGUUAUUUUACAAGUAGGCCAGCUUUCAAGGGUUAUGUCAGAAUGAUGAGUGGUUACUAUUUGGCAGCAAGACAACUGGAGUUUUUUAAAGGUAGGAGCAGGUCAGGGCCAAAUACAGAUGCAUUGGCCGAUGCUCUGGCAAUUGCUCAGCAUCAUGAUGCAGUUAGUGGGACAGAGAGACAGCAUGUGGCUGCUGACUAUGCAAUGCGACUUUCAAUAGGCUAUGCAGAGGCUGAGAAGGUGGUUGCAUCAUCACUUGCUAUAUUGGCAGAGUCAAGAUCAAGUACUGGACAUGAAGACUCAGUUCUCAAGUUUCAGCAGUGUCCCCUCCUUAAUGUAAGUUAUUGUCCUCCAACAGAAGCUGCUCUUCCUGAUGGGAAAAGCUUGGUGGUAGUUGUCUACAAUCCAUUAGGAUGGAAGAGGGAGGAAGCAAUUCGGAUUCCUGUUUCCACUGGAGGGCUAAUUGUUCUGGAUUCUGCUGGAAGAGAAAUUGAAUCUCAAAUUCUUCCUCUAACCAAUUCCUCUUUAAGCAUCAGAUAUGGCCAUGUUAAAGCAUAUUUGGGAAGAUCUCCUGCUGGAACAAUUAAGUACUGGCUUGCGUUUUCUGUAUCUGUACCACCACUUGGUUUUAGCACUUACUUUGUCUCUAGCGCAAAAAGGACAGGUAGUUCAACUAUUUCGAAAGUAUAUACUUCAGAAGGAAGAAUAGACUCUGUUGUUGAAGUUGGCCAAGGAAAUCUGAAGUUAGUCUACAAUGCAAACAAUGGAAAGCUUACUCGUUACAUUAACACCAGGAGUUUGGUUACAGCAUCUGCCGAGCAAUCUUAUAGUUACUACUCUGGAUAUAAUGGGACUGACAAAGAUUCCCAGGCUUCUGGGGCUUAUAUAUUUCGUCCAAAUGGUACAUUCCCCAUAAAACCUGAAGGCCAGGCAUCCUUAACUGUUAUGCGGGGUCCACUCAUGGAUGAAGUACAUCAACAGCUCACUCCAUGGAUAUACCAGGUCACCAGGGUAUUCAAGGGAAAGGAACAUGCUGAAAUUGAGUUCAAUAUUGGGCCUAUCCCUGUGGAUGAUGGAGUUGGUAAAGAGAUAACAACUCAAAUCACAACUGCCAUGAUGACCAACAAAACCUUCUAUACAGAUUCUAAUGGGCGAGACUUCAUUAAAAGGGUUCGAGAUUACAGAGAAGACUGGGACCUUCAAGUGAACCAACCUGUUGCUGGAAAUUAUUACCCUAUCAAUCUAGGAAUUUACAUCACGGAUGAAAGCAGAGAACUUUCAGUGUUGGUAGACCGUGCAGUGGGUGGAUCCAGUUUGGUGGAUGGUCAAAUAGAGCUGAUGCUCCAUAGGAGACUGCUUCAUGAUGAUUCUAGAGGUGUUGGUGAGGCGCUAAAUGAAGAAGUUUGUGUCCUCGAUGAAUGCAAAGGUUUGGUGAUUCAAGGAAAAUUUUAUAUUAGAAUAGAUCCUUUAGGAGAUGGUGCCAAGUGGCGCCGAACAUUUGGCCAAGAGAUAUAUUCACCACUUCUUCUAGCAUUCACCGAGCAGGAUGGAAAUAAUUGGACAAAUUCCCACAUAUCAACAUUUUCUGGGGUUGAUCCUUCCUAUAGUUUACCAAACAACAUUGCAGUGAUAACUCUCCAGGAACUUGAAAAUGGUAGAGUGCUUCUUCGGUUAGCUCAUCUAUAUGAGACAGCGGAGGACAAAGACUAUUCUGAAAUGACAAGUGUGGAUCUGAAGAAGUUGUUCCCAACCAAAAAGAUCCACAAAGUGACAGAAAUGAGUUUGUCUGCCAAUCAAGGGAGAGCCGAAAUGGAGGCAAAGAGACUCGUUUGGAAAGUAGGAGGCACUUCAGAGGAGACAAAGGUAUCAAGGGGAGGGCCUGUUGAUCCUGUAAAACUGGUGGUUGAACUUGCCCCAAUGGAAAUCCGUACCCUUCUAAUUGACUUUGAUUACCUCAAAAUGUUUGGUUCUUAAAAAAGUAAAAUGUUCAGGGCUCGCAACAUUUUGUGCUUUGUAUCUUCCGAAUGUAGUUGAUCAUUGCAUCUGAGCAAGAUUGUUCUUUGUGGAAUGUGGAAACAACAUUGUGGAUU